GGUUUCCUUACCUAACCUCAUUACCGCCCCAUUUCAUCGAAUUGUGCCGAUCAAGCCCAAUCUCUCCUUUUACUGAAGUGUUGUUUAAUUAAUGUUUCCCUUUUUUAUCCCAUGUCUCCGAUUGCGUCAUGUAUAUCAAUUGUGAAUAAUUUAACUGUGCAGAGGUUUUCUGAAAAUUGAAGGCGGUCCUGCCAUGGAUCACUAUUUUUGCAACUCACCUCUGUGGGAUUUAAAUGUGACAUGGAACACAAGUGAUCCCAAUUUCACUCCAUGUUUUCAAGCAACAAUUCUGUCUUGGGUGCCUUGCCUAUUUUUGUGGUUUUUUGCACCGUUUUCAGUUCGGAGUCUAAUGAAACGCCAGACAUGGACAGUCCCUUGGGCUUGGCUGAAUACGGCAAAAUUUCUGUUGACCUUACUUUUAGUAUUUUUAUCAUUAGUUGACCUCUUUUACUCUGUUAUCUCGUAUUUUGAUGGGAGACCAUUUUAUCUAGUGGAUUUUAUCACCCCUCUCCUAAAGACUGUCACUUUUGCUUUAGCUGCUUCUCUUCUGAUUUUGUAUAAACUCCGAGGUGUCCCCUCCUCAGCCUUGUUGUUCUUGUUCUGGUUUUUGUCAGUCAUCUGUGGUGCUCCACGAUAUAAAUAUGAAUUGGACCGUGCUUAUCGUCAGAAUUUGGGCGAAGCAGUUGUUCCUUUCGUCAGUUACAUGGUAUAUUAUGCCAUAGUACUUGGUUUGUUCAUCCUGAAUUUUUUUGCCGAUCUCUUACCCAUCUCACCUUCCUAUUCACCGAAAGAAAAAAGUUCUCCGUACUCGCAAGCUUCCUUUCCAUCAUUGGUGACAUUCUCAUGGUUUGAUCCUCUUGCAUGGAAAGGUUAUAGACGCCCCAUUGUCCUUGAAGACUUGUGGUCUCUCGCAGAAGAUGACUCCGUUAAAAAAAUCGCACCUAAAUUCAACAAGCAUUGCAGGAAGCGAUCGAAUAAAAAUCCUCAGUCUAGAAACGUUAAGGAAGGCACAACCAGGACUGCAAAUGGUAUUGAGCUGAAGCCCUAUUCUGACAAAGUAGCCUCCAAGGAAGUUUACCCGUCCAUUUGGUUCCCAUUAAUCAAAACUUUUUGGCCAUCUGUUUUGUUUGGAUUUAGUCUUAAACUUUGCAAUGACAUUCUCAUUUUUGUGAGCCCUCAUAUAUUGAAAUCACUGAUUAGCUUUAUGGGUAGUGAAGAGGAAAUUUGGCAUGGCUAUUUCUAUGCAGGAGGGCUAUUUAUUGCUGCUUCCUUUCAGACACUCUUCCUUGCUCAUUACUUCAACCGCAUGAGGAUAACAGGGCUUAGGAUACGAGUUGCUCUCACGUCUGCUAUUUAUCGCAAGGCCUUAAAUAUAUCCAAUGCAUCUCGGAAAGAGUCAACAGUUGGCGAAAUUGUGAAUCUUAUGUCUGUUGAUGCGCAACGAUUUAUGGAACUAAUGCCUCACCUAUCUUUGCUUUGGUCUGCACCAUUGCAGAUAUCUCUGGCUGUCUUUUUCCUGUGGGAGAUUUUAGGACCAUCUGUCUUGGGAGGUUUAGUUGUGAUGAUCCUAGUAAUUUUGAUCAAUAUUCCAAUUGCAAGGAAAAGUGAUGCAUUGACCAUGAAACAAAUGCGAUACAAGGAUGAACGUAUCAAAUUAAUGAAUGAGAUUUUAUCUGGAAUCAAAGUGCUGAAGUUGUAUGCAUGGGAAACAAGCUUUGAAAAGCACAUCCAGAAGAUUCGAAUGAAGGAGGUGAACACACUAAAACAACUCGCAAUCCUAGGGUCAACAACUGCCUUCAUCUGGUCUUGUGCACCACUUCUUGUAGCACUGACAACAUUUGGUGUUUAUUUAUUCAUUGACGAUGAGCACUCAUUAGAUGCAGAAAAGACUUUUGCAACAGUGGCGUUGUUCAAUAUUCUCAAGUUCCCACUUGUCAUGUUGCCAAACAUGAUCUCCAAUCUUGUCCAGACAAUGGUUUCUGUUAGAAGAUUAAAUAAGUUUAUGAACUCUGAUGAAUUGGACCCGAAUUGUGUGACACAUUCUGCCUCUGAAAAGGAGCCUCUGGUAAUCGAAAAAGGAAAUUUUGGAUGGGGAACAUCAGUGCCUGUCCUACAUGAUAUAGAUAUCAAGAUUUUUGAUAAGUCUCUUGUCGCAGUCGUUGGAACUGUUGGUUGUGGAAAAUCUUCACUACUUGCAGCAUUUCUAGGUGAAAUGGAUCUCAUCAGCGGGAGAGUGAACACAAAGGGUUCCAUUGCAUAUGUUACUCAGCAAGCAUGGAUUCAAAAUGCAACUCUUCGUGAAAACAUUCUAUUUGGGAAGGAGUAUGAUUACAAAACAUACAAUAAGGUCAUCAAAGCAUGUGCCUUGAGGAGUGAUUUUGCGUUGUUGCCAGGUGGAGACCAAACAGAGAUUGGUGAAAAAGGUAUAAAUUUAAGUGGAGGACAAAAGCAACGAGUCAGUUUAGCUCGAGCUGUGUAUAGUGAUGCUGAUGUAUAUUUUCUUGAUGAUCCUUUAAGUGCAGUGGAUAGUCAUGUGGGCAAGCACAUUUUUGAGAAUGUAAUCGGACCUCAGGGACUUCUUAAGAAUAAAACACGGGUCCUUGUCACUCAUGGAUUGACCUAUCUACCAGAUGUGGAUGAGAUAUAUGUCUUGAAAAAUGGAAUGAUAUCAGAGAAAGGAACCUACAAACAGCUCAUUGACAAGAAAGGCGCUUUUGCCGAGUUCAUUCAAACCCACAUGUUGGAGAGUGAAAAUGAUGAUAAACCAGCAGAAGGAACGCAAGACAUAUCGCGACCGUCCUCUCCACUUGUGUAUCAAAGAGUCCAAGAUAGAUCACGUCCCUCUUCUCCAGCCUUGUUACGUAAAAGAAGUCAUAGUGCCAGUGAAAGAGGAUCCACCUUGUCCUUACGGCAAUUUUCGUACGAAGAAGGAUCUAAUUUUGUGGAGCAGGAUGAUGACAGGAGGAACAAGAUAAUUGACGAAGAAAUAGCCAUGACAGGAAAUAUAAAAUGGUCUGUCUUCUCCCAUUACAUGCGAGCAAUGGGUUGGCUCUUUGUUUUCCUGGCAUUUGCUUUUACCCUACUUUUCCAAGUUUGCGCCGUUGGGUCAAAUCUUUGGCUGUCUAUAUGGACGUCUCGAAAUAAUACUCUACCAGAUGGAUCACAGGAUCCAGAAGAAAGAAAUUGGUUUCUUGAAGUCUACGCCAUUCUAGGACUUUCCGCAGGUCUGUGUGCAAUUGUAGCUGAUCUUGCACCAAGAAUUGGGUGUGUGAAAGCAAGUCGGGCUCUUCAUGGUUACCUGUUACAUGGUAUCUUGAGAGCUCCUCUCACAUUCACAGACACAACCCCUAUUGGACGAAUCCUUUCCCGCUUCUCAAAAGAUGUAGACACUAUGGAUAAUAAAUUACCCAUGGAAAUAUCUGACACUCUCUAUUGUGUUAUGGAGGUGAUAGGGGUCUUGUUCAUUAUCACCUAUGCCACACCUCCAUUUUUAUGGUGCAUUGUGCCUCUAGUUAUACUCUACUACAUUCUUCAGAGGUUUUACACGGCCACAUCACGACAGCUACAAAGAUUAGAGUCCAUUUCGCGGUCUCCAAUUUUUUCCCACUUCAGUGAAACUGUUGCAGGAGCUCAAGUUAUCAGAGCGUAUGGGGCUGUAAACCGAUUUAUUCAAGAAUAUGAGAAGAGAAUGGAUGCCAACCAAAUCUGUUUCCAUCCAACUGUGAUAUCAAUCAGAUGGCUGUCAGUUCGAUUAGAAACUAUUGGUAACUUGAUAAUAUUUUGUGCUGCCUUUUUUGCUGUUUUAGCGCGAGGCAGCUUAUCAGCUGGUCUUGUCGGCUUGUCUGUUAGCUACGCCCUUCAGGUAACUGGAGCAUUGAAUUGGUUUGUUCGUAUGGCAUCAAGUGUUGAAACAGAUGUUGUUGCAAUUGAGCGUGUGAAAGAGUACACUGAAAUCCAAGAGGAAGCAAAAUGGGAUGUGCCAGAAACAUUGCCUCCAGCUAAGUGGCCCCAAAAAGGAAAUAUUGUGUUUGAAAAUUUCAAAGUUCGCUACAGGAGUGAAUUGGAUUUGGUUCUGAAAGGGUUGAAUUUCUCUGUCAAUGAAAGAGAAAAGGUCGGCAUUGUGGGACGCACUGGUGCUGGAAAAUCCUCAUUGACCCUUGCUUUAUUCCGCAUCAUUGAAGCAGCAGAAGGAGCCAUCUAUAUAGAUGGUAUUGAUAUUUCUACUCUUGGACUCCACACACUCAGAUCUAGACUGACCGUUAUCCCACAAGAUCCAGUUCUUUUCUCUGGGAGCUUGAGGAUGAAUCUAGAUCCGCUAGGAGUCUACUCUGAUACAAAGAUAUGGCAUGCAUUAGAGUUGUCUCACUUGAAGGAGUUUGUGAAGUCCCAAGCAGCAGGUUUGCAGCAUGAAAUAGCUGAAGGUGGUGAAAACCUCAGUGUUGGUCAAAGGCAACUCAUUUGUUUAGCCCGGGCACUCUUACGAAAAACUAAAGUACUUAUUUUGGACGAAGCAACAGCAGCUGUUGAUGUAGAGACAGACGAUCUUAUCCAAACCACCAUCCGUCAGGAGUUCAGCGACUGCACAAUAUUGACGAUUGCUCAUCGGUUAAACACAAUCAUGGAUUCCGACAGAGUUCUGGUAUUGGAUCAUGGUCUAAUAAUGGAGUACGACUCUCCAUUAAACCUUCUCAAGAAUCCAGCGUCCCUUUUCCACUCACUCGUUAAAGAUGCAGGCUUGGAUGUAGAAACCAUUCUCUCCACCCAAAGCAUGAAUGGAAGACAACUGGUGGUCUGAGCAUUGACUAAUAUAAUAUGUUUUCUCCAAUUCCAUCACAAGACACUAUCCCGAAAUUUUUUAUAAUUUUGGUACGGAACAAAUUUUACACUUUUGAAUACAGGUAAAAACUUAUCAAGGUUUUGAAAAUAUUUGGAAAGUUAAGUGAGCAUGAAGCAGUACAUUAAUUCAGUCACAUUUAGCAAGAAAAAACCAGAGCUAUUACAGUGUUGUAAAAAUGUUGCUUUUUCAUAAUUAUCUUAAAAAUCUCUCAUAAUAUCAAAUAGUUUUUGCUUCCUACCAAAAAUGUAUUAAUUUUAAAAAGAAAUAAAUUGUGUAUAUUGUAAUACUAUAUGUAAAUUAAGUAUUUUUCAAAGAAAGGGAGAAGUUGUACAAUUUUGAAAAUACUGUAAUCCUGCUGGUUCCUUUGUGCUAAAUGCGAUCCAAUUAGCCCUUGAUUUUUCACCGAUUUCAAUGAACCGACCAGGGCAGCAAUAGCCAUGAGUGUUCUCUGACCAUUGGAAAUUAUUAGAUAUUUUAUGUCCGGGAUACAGAAUGUUCUCAAUCACGCAAUCAGCCGUUUGCGUAAGAAUUGGGGAAGGCCGUGGAAGACUGUGAAAAUUUGUGCGAUAUAUUUAAUAAUGGGAAGAGUGACAACAGGGGGGGGGGGAGGCGUAGAAAACUUGUUUUCAAGUUGACUAUCCCAAGUCAUAUGUACUUUUGCCCCUUUGUUUUUCGUUUUCGUUCGUUUUAUCUAUAAUUUUACACAUUCCAAUUUAAAUAGAUCUUGAUGUCAUGAUAUCUCAUGUAGUUCGUUGAAGUAGAAGGCUCUCAGUUGUAAAAAUGUCUAAAAAUUAGUAGUAUUUUUAGGUAUAGAAUCCAUCAAAAUUUUAGUACUUGCAUCCCUGCCGUAUUAAUCCUCUUCUCAUUUUGGGCAAGUUUUUCAUCAGCAAACUUGGAUAGAAAAAUUGGUGAAUUUUACAUCACAAAUGGUGAGUUGAUUUAGUUGUACGAGUAUCAUGAAUUCAAAGCAUCGCUCUCAAUGAUUAUGUUGUAUAAAGGACAGCUCAAUCUUUUUUUUUUUGUAUACAGCAAACAUGCAAAUAGCAGAAAAUUUGACAUGUUGUCAUGCUGUCUCUGCUACUUUUGAGUUAGUACAAAGAAAGACAAUAUUCCGACAUUUUUUGUAAUUUUCUAUUCAGCUUGAUAUUCUUUCUUUUCUGUUAUUAAGUCACUCUUUUCAAGUGUAAGUACAAAUUUCAAUAUUUUUUGAUUGCAAAGUACAUAAUACUGUCUUAUUAAGGCAUUACCCAAUAGGUUAUAUGUAUGAAGAAAAAAGAGAAGAAGAAAAAUUGAUCUUUUCUGUCAGUCACAAAUCCUCCCAGAGUUUUGCUUAUCAUUCAUAUUUUCUGUUUUGUAGCCAGAAAAUUUCUCUUCUCUCAAACCUAUAAAAAAAUCGUAAAAAAACUUCUAAAUCAUAAAAACUUUUAUGAAGUGAACAGAAAAUCUGUUAAAAUAUCCAAAUUAGAAAACUCUUCUUCGGCUUUUGUGUCCUAAUGACACUUCAUAUUUUUAAGGUUUCUUAAUUAGUCUAUCUCAGUGAAUUCUUAGAUAUUUGAAUAAAUUUUUAUCGUUUUAUAAUUUGCAUACUUUGUGCUAUUACUUUGUAUUUCAUAUUAAUGUAAAGGUUUUUAAAAUUCUAAAGUUUUUAUACUAAUUUUUUACUUCCAACCUUUUCCUGCAACUUUUAUACGCAGAAAACCUAAGAAGAGUUUUUCAGAUUAUUUCCCUUGGCAGCAACUUUUAAUAGGUUUUUUUAAAUCCAGCUGUAACAGUCACUUUUAGUAGGGUUAUAAUCGCUGUAAUAUUCAUGAGUUUCUCAGACGUCUUAUUAAUUUGUGACUUUUCCUUCUUCAUACAUUUUGUAAUUAAUGUCUCUUUUCAUCAGGUCUGUACACUGCUUUUCAAUUCUGUUGAAUUUCAUUGAUUUUUAUGAGUGGCGUGCAGCUUUUAAAAGAUUUUUAAUUUCUAUCUUUCACGAAUUUGGUGUUUAGAUUUUUUUUACAAAAGUCAGACCAAAUUAAGAUUUCAUCCAUUCAGGAUUGAAAAAUGUAUCUGAUUAAUGCUGAGAAAGCAAUGCACAAGGAAGGAAUUUUUUUAAAUCUUAAGUUUGCUCCCCCCUCCUCCCCAGGAAUUCUUAAAAAUUUCAGGAUUAAAACUAAUUCAGCGUUAGAAGAGGCACACUUUCAGUUUUCUAAUGAGUAAUUAUUUUAUUUUAGUUUUUAAAUCAGGGUUACACCUUUUUACUUUUGAUGCCUCCAACCGUCCUCUUUUCCAGGCCUUUAAUUGGAUGUAUUUUUGCCAAACGGAACUAUGUGCAUUAGGAAGUGAGCCCUGUUAUGCAUAUAUUUUCAUGGGUCUCAGGGCUCAUGUCUUAAUGCACACAGUUCCGUUUGGCAGAAAUACGUCCAAUUAGUCAAAAAUUAGACCAAUAAAGAGAAAAUAAGUUGGAUUACCCCCAGCUCCUCAUUAGGAUGUUAUGAUCGCACUGUUAAGAUGUCACUGAUUUUCUUUGGAACCUCUUCUUAAAGCCCAUUCUCAGCUGUGUGACAAGCUAGAUUCUGUAAAGAAUUAAUCUUUUAAACCUGCCCAUUUAAAAAAAAAAUUAGAGGUUAUGAAGAAUGUAUGAUACUAGGAUUUUCAUGGUGUUCUGUUUUAAACACCAUCAACAAAUUUUAACCCUUUGAGAGCUGAAAGUACACUUACUUUAAUGCUGGUUUUGUUUUAUCUACCUUCAGUUUUGACAUUGUCUGAAAAAGUGAACAGGUUUAUUAGUGCUCGCACGUGCACUCCAAAUGCCAUGAAAACCCGGAAAUCACUAAUCAGGCUUAAGGAGAUGUGAAUGAGCAGCCUGAGCCAAAUAUCGAUGGCCAAAAUGCAAUUUCACACAUCUUUUUCGCAGCUUUUCAAAAUUUCCGCUCCCAUUCUAUUUUUUCAAAGAGAAACAAGCCUCCUUAGUAGCUUGAAAUUCAUUCAUAAUGUUCACUAACAGAGAAGAAAAAUCAAGGAAAUUUUCAAAAAAUUACGUUAAUUAGUUUUUCUAAGAUAAAAUAAAGUAUGACAGAAAGUCUGCAAUGUCAGAAAUGGAGGCACCUACAUGGUUUCGCACUUUGGCUAUUGUUUCGAAUUUGGCUUUUUUGUUCAUCUAUUUAGAGGCUCCAUCCUUAAUAGCAUCGCAUCUUUAGCUUGUGGGUUGUAAUUUAGUGUUAUUUUUAACUCAGUAUUAACAUAAUUUUUGACUGGGUUUAUAGUCAGUGUUCAGUGUUUGUAAAACGUAAAAUUUUCUCCCUCUCAGCAUAGAGGUAAAAUAAAAGAUUAAGUACGUCUUUUAUGUAUUUCUUUUUAUUGCUAGAAAAAGUAUGCCCAGACUGGAUCAUCUAGCAAUUUGACCAAAAAGAAACAACAAUUAAGGUGUAGAGGGUGGGCUAUGAACUAUCUCUUCCGUGAGUCAAUCAUGAGUUUUUAAGCUAGGGAUAUCAUGAACAAUUUUUAUGACAUCCCCUCUCAGAGACAUGACUUAAGCAAUGAAUGUUUUCUGUUCGUUUUACAAUUGUCUCCAAAACAUAAUAUUUUGGUCCUUAAGGCAAGAAAUACUGAAAAGCUCUCAGUUGCUCCAUUAUUGAAAAAGAUCUAUAUCCUUCUGUAAAAUGUGACCUAAGCUAAACUUUUCUUAUUACAUUAUGUGUUGAUUUUGCAUGAUAGUGAAAAAUUAUAGAAUUAUAGUGUUAACGCAACGUCUCUCUCUCUCACUGAUUUAUUAAUUUGCAAAGAUUGGAAGUUGUAAUUCAUUACCAAUAGGAAACAUUUGUAGAUCCUAGAUCCUCGUUCUGGCCAAUUUUUUAUAUUUAUUCAUUAUGUAAACAAAUUCUGGGAUGACAACCAUGACUUAUAGACUCAAUGAUCCUCCCUUGUAAUUUUUAAAAGUUUUUUAUGCACUUUGCUUUAACACUAAAUGUAAGUCAUGCAAUUGACAAAAACAAUCUAUUAACACAUUAACUGUCUUGUUGGUGCCCAGAGACCGGCACUUUCGGAAGCCAUUCUAAGAUAAUUUCCGCUGAAUGGAGAAAGCACUCUAUCAUCGCAUAUCUGAACCUCACAUUACACCGCAUAUGAGAGAUGAUACUACUGUUGCUUCAGAGAUAUAUCAGAUAUCUGCGAAAAACUUCCUGCUAAUCAAAAGACCAACACCGGCAGUUAAAUUGUCAAAUCCUCCUUGAAUGCAGCUACUUUCAUAAUUUUCCAUUUUUGAAACCAAAUUUUCAAGCAUCUUAUUUCUUACAAGUAUUUAAAAACGACAUUGUUUUUGUUUUACAAGUAUCAAACUAAUUUAAGAAGUAAAAACAUUUGCAUCCACCAUGCCCAGAUUUUUUGUAAAUUUCAUUUUGAUAAUCAGUGCUGGCAGGUCUUAAGGGUAUUAGGGGUAUUCACCUCUGUAAGAUUCUCAAGAAGGCUUUUGGCCAUCACAUUCUUGAAGUUCUAUUCACAGUCUUUCCUACCCUUUAUUCUGUUGUCGCACUCAAAUUUCUAGUCGGCACGCCGUUUUUUUUGUAAUCCAUGCAUUACAACGCCUGUAAAUAUUCCGUAUAUCUAGCUAUUCAUGUAAAUUUACCAGUAAGUUUGGAAUGUGCCUAUGUUUUAUUUAUGUAUGCUGUGAUCUACAUUUCUGGUUUGUACAUAAGUAGGUUAAGUUUUCAUUGUUUUUUAAUCAAAGUCUUUACCAUUGCCAGCUUUUAUGUUUAUCUUCUGUUAGAACUAUAGCUUUACUUUUAGGAGUAAUCCGAAUGAUGAGUGAAUUUCAGCAGGAUUAGAACUUUUUGUGUCCCAGCAGCAAAGUAAAAUGUAUUUUUGUAAAUCCUGUGGCAGCAGAUGGAGAGGGAAGGUAAUUAGUUGUUUCAGGAACCAAGGACAGCAAUGCAGUGAGCAAAUUUCAUUUCGUUACUGUUAUCGGAUGAUGGAUGUCAGGCAAUCAGAAUGUAUCUUUAAUAGUCGAUCACAAUCAACAACAAUGAGCAAGCAUGUUGGUGCACAGGUUUUUUGGUUACCCCGCCCCCAAGGUAGAGUAACCAAAUGCGGAACUGAAUAAAAAAUAGCUUGUCACUAAACUCUGUCAUGUACUUCAUUGCUCCAUUCACUUUUUCUGUACCAGAGGAAUUUAAUUUUGGUUACCUAUUAUUUUUGUAACCAAAUGAUUUUUUGUCUGAUGAUUUUGUAGUCGGUGACGCUUGGCUGCAAAAAAAAAAAAAUUUGCUCAGUACUUCCUAGAUCAGAUACAUAAUAAGGAUGAAAACUCUCAUAUACAUAUAAAUGAAUGAAUGAAUACCUUUCAUCUUUCUCUCAAAAAAGCUAAGGUGCAGGCAAAGAAAAGAGACCUCUAGUCUUAUCUCAAAUAUACAUUAAGUUAAAGUUCGUUCAUCACUUUUAAAUUGUAUUCACAUCAUAAGUUCUUCCAUUUUUUAAAGUUUUUUUUUUGUUUUUGUUUUUUUUUUUUAGUAAAAAAUUAUUCCGCAUGCACUUAUUUAGUGCAAAAAAGAAACCCUAAUCAAGCCAGCAUUGUCUUUUAGUAUUACAUUUCUUUGAUUUUAAUGAUGAUUAUUCCUUUAUUUUUUUGACUACUUUGAAUCAAGAAUAAGAAUGAAAAAUUAAGGAGUUAUUUCUAAAUUAUUCUCUCCAAUUGCUUGAAGCCCGCAAAUUCGUGUAUGCUAUUAAGUAAGAAUCAUCCACAAAAUAAAAAAUGUUAAUAAGCUCAAAUGCUAGCAUAAUAGCAUCAAUGAGUUUUAUCUGAUGUGGCAAUCUAUUACUCGAGGUAUAAUAUUGCAAACAUGUCCAAAAAUGCUUUGUCUAAUCUUGAGACUUUUUUUCACAUUCUCUUGAUGGCCUCUUCUAUUGAAUGAGUAUGUACCUUUAUUUUUCCGUUGACAUCAGGAGCAUAUUUGAACAUAAUUAUGCUAAACAGAACUAUGUAAAAAUGAAUAAAAUGAAAAUGACUUGUGUAAACAGGAUUUGCAUGAUACAUAGUUCCUCAUAAUUCAAUUCAUGGAGACAUAGUUCUAUUUAGCAUAAAAUCUCACUUUUGAGGUAUCCAUUUAAACUUACUUUUACUUCCAAAAGCCAAGCAAUGAUUUUUCUUCUACUCAAUCAGGCUUUUAGAUGUCAGAAUUUUCUGAAUAGUAAUUUCAUAUCGUAAAUACUAAGAUCCUAUCACUUUUUUUAAAAUUUUUCAAUCAAUUUGCACAAUCUUCAGGUUAAAUACCCAAGACUUUCAUAUUUUAUUGCUUCAGAAUCAUCAGUAUCCUUGUACUUACCCACAAUAUGUAUUCAGAAUUUUAAUUUUAAUCAAUCACUUUCACAUCUUCUUUUGUACUUAAUAUUCCAGCUAAAAAAAAUAAAUAAAUGAUGUAUUAUUUUCUAA